AUGAGUGGGCUCAUUGAGCAGCUGGGUACUCUGAGAGCUGUCGGUGUCGAUGGGGACGAGAGGCAACUGCAGCUCCUGCUUCGAACGGCGGGAUACAACGUCGAACGUGCAAUAAACCGGCCAUAUACUGUACCAGUCAAGAAGUCCGUCAACGAGUCUAACCCAUGGGUAAACUAUUUACUACUCUUUGCUGCCUGUGAAUUGGCUGCCGUGCCCGCGUCUUUGCACCCACAAAGCUAUUUUGAGUCAGGACUACCUGGACCACCUCGUGGUACAUGUCAGGAAUCCACCACACCUACUCCAUCACCACCCACUGCGGGUGUCGCCCCCGCGCCCCCACGCCCGAGUCGGGGGACUCCGAACAACUCAACCAGCCAAGGACUGCCGAGGAAGGAUAAGGAUGCCGUGGGCCGCAGCCCGGCUAGUGAUGCUGGUCGGCUGCAUGCGACUCCAGCAGGAAAGCCUGCAGCACGCAACAAGGAAGCGGGGUGGCCGAAGCUAGUGGGGCAGCGCUGGGUGACCGGGUACACAAUCAGCAAGGGAAGCAUGAAAUACAGAGAACAAGUCACAAUCAUCAGCGAAGGAUCAGGGUUAUCAUCGCGUUCGUCGCCUCCGGCACAGGGUAAGGGUAAUAAGGGAAGAGGAGCGGGAAGGGGGGGAGGGGUGCAAGCAAAUGUGUGGGCGGGGCGCGGGGCUGGCAGAGGCGGCGGCGGCGGCGGCGGCGGCGGCGGGAGGUUCGGGAGGCCGAAGGCAUCGUCUGCGGGCGCGAUGUCAAACAUCCUGUUUCGGGGAUCGACAGGGAGAGUCGAAGGGAGGCUUCCGCGAGAGGUGUGUGCGUUCCUGGCCCCGUUGCUGCAGGAGGGUUUGGCAAAGGCCCACGCCGAGGCGGUGUGCGAUUUGCCGGGCCUGGGAAAGUUCGCGGAGGUGCCGCUCAUGCUGUCCAUCGAGAUCGAGGAGGGGCUGUUCGCCUUGGACCCCGACGAGGAGCUUUAUCGCAGCGCGUACUGCCUCCUGCAGUUCGCCCACACAGGUCACAUCGAGCAAGAACAACCGAAGAGUCAGCAGGCUGCUGCUGCUGCUGCCGAGAAAGGCAAGGCCGACCACCAGCAGGCCGAGAGGACGUUAGCCAAGGAGGAGCGGAACGAGGUAGAGCAGGAGCAGGAGGAGGAAGAGGAGGUCCGAGAGGAGGACCUCAAGGAGCUCUACAACGACGAGACCCAGCUGUGCGAGAUGCCGGAGGCCCGGGACCCGAGGCUUUUCGUGGACGGGCUGGCCCUCCGGCGGUACCAGCGGCAGGCGCUGGCGUGGAUGAUCCAGCGCGAGAAGAAGCGGUACGUGACCGAGGAGGACUGCACGGGACUGUCAACGGUGACGGCGGCGGCCGCCGCCGCCGAUGCAGGGGAAGGCGCGGUGGAGAUGGAGAGCGGCGGCGGCGACGGCGACGUCGCCAUCAGGGACGGGCGCGUUCGCGUGGCGUCUUGGGGGGGGGCUUCGUCGGUCAACACGAAACAGGGGGGGUCGGCCGACUGCGGCGGGGGGCCCGGGGUAGCGAUGCACCCGCUGUGGGAGCGGCGAGCGGCGGCUUCGAUCGCUUCGAUCGUGGUCCGGAAGGAGGCCUCUGGAGACAGUCUCGACCUUUUCGGCGACAGUGGUAUGGAUGAUGGUGAUGAUGGUGAUAAUGCCAGAAGUGGGGAGGAGAAGGGGACCCCGCAGCUGGUGCUGUCGCAACCCGAGGCCUUCUUCGUGAACGUUUACUCCAGGCGGUUCCAGAGGGAGUUCCCGCCCGCGUCGCUGGGAUGUCGCGGAGGGAUUCUCGCCGACGAGAUGGGGAUGGGCAAGACCGUCAUGCUGCUCUCGCUCAUCCUGUCGGACAAAGAGCGGCGACAGGAAGGCGGUGGUGGCAGCAACGGGGUUGGGGACGGCGGGGAAGAGGAGGACGGCGAGAAGGGUCAAGAGGAGGGCGAGGGACCCGCGACAGUCGGCCGCGACAGCAGCCUCGUGGUCUGCUUGGACGACGACGACGACGGCGACUCGGCUAGCGCAGCAGAGCACGACUUCAACGGCAAGCCAAAGCUCGGGAGCGGUGGUCCCGGGGGCCUUAACGCCGCCGUGUCGUCACCGGAAGACGCACUCGCCAUCGCCGACUUGCCCUCGCGUGGGAAGAGGCGCUCGCCCGCAGUCACGGAGGCGGUGCCCUCUUUGGCGGGGUCCGUUGCCGCUGGGACGAAACGGCGGCGUGCCGCCGCCGCCGCCGUGCGCCUCGAUGUCAGUAGCGGUGACGACGGAGGCGGCAGCAGCGACGGUGAGAGCGACUUCAUGCUUACCCCGGAGAGCAGCGACGGCGGCGGCAGCGGCAGCGACGGUGACUCUGAAUUCGAGCCCACCGCCGGCAAGGGAAAGUCUCGCGCCGUCGCCGCGAACGGCGGUCCGUCAAAGCGUCGCCGAGGCGAGACCGGCAAACGCGUCGGGGCUAACGGUAAGGGGUGCUCGGGCGGAGGGCGCUGGGGCGGGGGCAAGGCCGGGUUCGACCCCUCCGCUCUCCUCCUCGAUCCCUACGCUGUCGGGGCUCAGGAGAGCAAUGGCGGUGAGCGAGUGGCGAGCGGUCGCGGUGCGGGGAAGGGAGGGGGAACGCUGGUCGUGUGCCCCUUGUCAUUGAUCGGGCAGUGGAGGGGGGAGCUGGAGAGCAAAACGCGGAAAGGGGCCAUCAGCGUGGGGUUUCACUACGGAGCGGGUAGAAGCAGGCGAGUCCACGCGAGAGCUGUGCCGAAAGGACGUGGUCCUGACGACGUACGGGGUGCUCUCGAGCGAAAUGGCCAAGCACGAGGCCGACGCGACUGCCAGAGAAUCCACCGCACUGGCAACAACGGAAGGAGGAGGAGGAGGAGGGGGAGGAAGUGCAACACCGGCAGGUGCGGGGCCGCCAAGCGCAUAGAUAAGCUCGGAUUGAUCGGCGGAGUGCCGGGAAGGGGAGAGCAAUAUCUUAGGCGUCGUGCCUACCAGGGUGUGGGGGGACUCCUAGGGGUGCGUUGGAGCCGCGUCAUCUUAGACGAAGCGCACUCUAUCCGCAAUACCAACACAGAGCAGUCCCGAGCUUGCCUUCGGCUGGAGGCUGACCAGAGGUGGGCGGUCACAGGGACUCCCAUCCAGAACAGCCUCGACGACAUGGCCGCCCUCCUGGCGUUCUUACGGCACGAGCCUUGGAGCGACCGCGGCUGGUGGAGGAAGGUCAUCUCCGACCCAUACAAGGAUGGCGACGCGGAAGCGCUUCGUCGGCUGAAAACCGUGCUUGCUCCAAUCCUGCUUCGUAGGACCAAGAGCACGCUCGACUCUCGCGGGCGUCCGAUCGUGGAGCUGCCCCCCAAGACGGUGGAGAUCGUGCGGCUACAGCUUUCUGCCGAGGAGAGGGAGUUUUACGAGGCCCUCAAGAAGCGCUCUAAGAUCGAGUUCGAAGGAUACGUGGCGGCUGGAACCGUCAUGAAGUCUUACAUCGCGAUCCUCACGCUUCUCCUAAGGCUGAGGCAGGCGAGUAGUUUGCCUGCUAUGCACAAGCAAGCCAGCCGGCUGCUGGCGUGCAACCACCCUUUUCUCGUUCUCGGGAAAGGAUUUUCGAUGGCGCCGUCGUCGGCAUCGUCCGCGGUGCCCCCGGGUGCCCGGCGGAAUCAGCUAGGGUCUGCUUGUGCCGCUGGUGCCGCUGGUGCAGCUGCGGCCGUCAACAACGAGUCGGAAACCCUGUUUGAGAGAGGCGUCGUCGAGGGAGGGGACGGAGGGAAAUCACCCCCGCACUACGUGCAGGAGCUUUACCGCCGCUACAGGGAGCGGGUCGCCGGGGACAAUGACGGGAGGAAGGAGGGGGGUGACAUGGAAGAAACGGAGGGGGUCGGGGGGACGGGCGGGUCGGGCGGGCUUCCAAGCCAAGGCGGUGGGGUGGGAAGCCUGGCGUUUGUCGACAGCGUCGUCGAUCAGCUACGGGAGGAUGGAGAAAUGGCGAAAGAGGAGUGCCCCGUGUGCCUCGAGGAGCCCAUGUCCUCGCCCGCUCUCACGCCGUGCGCGCACCUGAUAUGCUUGCAUUGCCUGCGAGACUGUCUGCGGAGAGAAGCUUGCUGCCCGGUUUGCCGGUCGCCAAUGACGACCGCAGACAUCAUUGAAGUGUCCGCCUCUCAACCGACGGGAAAAGCCGUAGCCGCCCCCCGCAAGCCCCCACCUCCGACUCCUUCGAAAGGAGCGGCGGCCACAGGCAGCAGCAACAGCGGCAGAAACGGCGGAGCGGGAGCGCGGGCAAAGCCGGCACCACGCGGCACCGGCGGUGGCGGCGGCGGGGGAUGGAUUGGGAGCACCAAGCUAGCAAGAUUGGAGCUUGAGCUGCGAGAGAUGCGAAAGAAGACACCCGGCGCUAAGGCCGUCGUGUUCUCUCAGUGGACUCACAUGUUGGAUCUUGCCGAGGCUAGCAUUGCCAGGGGAGGGUGGACGUUCCGAAGGCUGGACGGAGCCAUGUCCCAACAACAGCGGGAGUCCGCUCUCAAGGGCUUCGCGACGGACGAGAGUGUCACCGUGAUGCUGGUCUCGCUCAAGGCCGGUGGUGUCGGCCUCAACCUGACGGCAGCAUCGACGGUCAUCCUCCUCGACCCUUGGUGGAAUCCGGCGGUCGAAGAGCAAGCGAUCGACCGAAUCCACCGCCUGGGCCAGCUGAAUGAAGUCAGCGUCAAGCGGUUUGUCGUGUCGGGAACCGUCGAGGACAAAAUGCUCGCGCUUCAGGAAGUUAAGGGCAGAAUGGCCAAGAACGCCCUCGCCGCUGGGUCCGCGAACGAGAGCCAAAAGCUCAGAGUCGAGGACCUCAUACAGUUCUUCAAGUGAUGGGUCUGCUGCAGGACUGCUCAAAGAGCUACACAGCAGUAGUAGAGUCGACCACCCAUCCCCCCACCCCCAAGUAUGCCAAUUUGCCCCCGGUACCCUACGAUCAUGCCCUCGUGGGAGGACAGAAGAGGUAACACAAUAGAUUGCAGUAGAACAGUCCCGUCCGUUUGUGGAAUUUUGUUUCGGGGGGCGGCCUGUUCGAGGAAUCCACGCCACAGCACACGUGCCCAUGCAUGUCUUUUAGCCUCUUGCGGUUGGGUCGUUGUGGUCAAGAGAUGAAAGGGUUUCGAACGAGGCGUGGGCAGAAGGGGCCGACAGAUAGUCGAGGCUACCUUCCGGACCUGUUGUUUUCAAUUGUUGGGUAGUUGCUCUAUAUCGAGACCAGCGAGGGCAGAGGCAUCAGUCGACCUUGAGUUUGUGCGAUUGCUGGGAUGGUUGCACGUGGGAUUUGAUUUGAAGACUGCUAGCCGCCUCCUUGGGAAACCCCGGUUGGUUUCGCAAGGAAACGAGUUGGGAUCGUGUUGACUUCAAAGCAUUUUUGAAUUUUAUUUUUAAUGUCCACUCUGUUCCUCCUCCUGGGUUUCUCUUCGGUAAGGUGCCAUGAGAGAGAUAUAUCCCUACCGCCGGUUUGCUUGGCGCGUGCUGUUGAACCCAAAGACAGAGUAUUGAGAGCCUGGGAGAGGGGGGGUGUUGAGUCAAGUGCCCGAGGAGAGAUCGAAGCAGAGAGUUAAAACCGUAGGCGUGUGUGUGCCACCGUAGUUGACUUCCCUCGCCCCUCAUCCCUUCAUUCCUCGAUACGGAAUGUGUACGUGCGGGAAGACACCGGGGCGUAUCGACACGGCAGACCGUCUGCAGCGGCAAUCAUCGUGCUGGUACGGCGUUG